AUGCAACGAAGACUAUCUAAUUCAUGUCAAGAGUACGUUGGCGAACUGAUAUUCGACUUAACCACCAAGUCACGGGACGAUGUAUCAUCACACCGGAAAAGGAAUUAUGUCUUCACCCUGGACGAAUCUCUAUCUAUCGAUAGUGCAUACGCUGGCAACGAAGCUCGGUAUAUCAACCACGAUACCCAACGUGUGAAUUGUGCUGCAUUUGUGAAGCUGGUCAAUGGUGAACACAGGAUUGGAAUAUAUGCGACGCGCCCUCUCGAGGCCGGAACGGAAUUGUUCCUUGACUACGGUCCCGAAUUUUUCAAGGCCGGUGUAGGUCAAAACUACGAAAAUGUGUCACCAGCCAAACUUCAAGACGCUGUUGUUCACCAAUAG